GAGCAAGACUGUCUUCUAAAAAGCACAUCAGUAACAACAGCAAACGAAAUGAGUCCCAGCAUCACUGCCGAGGCCACCCAGCCUCUCCCUGCCAGGUCCACCGUGGCCCAGAGAAAACAAGCCAACGAACUGAGAAAGACUCUUAAACCCUUACUGGAGAAGAGAAGGCGUGCUCGCAUCAACGACAGCCUCAGUCACAUGAAAAGCCUGAUUCUUCCUCUGGUUGGCAAAGAUAACGCUCGCUACUCCAAGCUGGAGAAAGCUGAUAUUCUGGAAAUGACCGUCCGUUUCCUCAGAGACCUUCCCUCUACUCCUGUCAAAGACUCCGCAGAGAGUUACAGAGAAGGCUACAAAGCCUGCCUCCAGCGCGUCUCCGCUCUGCUACCCAAAACGAGCCUGGAUCAGGACGCGUGCCAGCGGGUGAACGAGUUCGUCCAGCAGUCAACUUCUGCGAACGUCACCCCAACAUGCCUGAACUGCUGUGCUCAGAGCUCCAGGACCUUCCCUCAGAUCCAGCAGAGACUCCUGAGCCUCAAAUCCAGCUUCAGCACCAGACUGGAGAACCAGUCCCGCAGCAGCGCAGUGGCUCCCAGCCGCGCGCAGCCAGUCCCGCAGGCUGUCAGCGCGUCCAUGUGGAGACCCUGGUAGAUUAGUUGGACAUUUAUCUCAUGUGUGUUAUUUAUUUUGUGUGUACCUAUGAUUAUCAUGUUCCUAUAACCGUAGUCAUAUAAUUAAGAAUCGUUGGAGUUGCUAUAUAAUGAAUGAAUUCAGCAUUUGUCUCAUGAUGGCUUUAAAGUCAGAGAAGAAAUGAGCACAGAUCUUAGGCACAGGUCUAUGAACGUUUUAAAUGCAAUCCUCUUUGGGGUCUCAAAGAUAUGGGUUGUUGUCAACACUUUUGUAAAACCCCAAGGGUUGUUUUGUUUGAGGUUUGCACGAUGGACUUAUUAAUUACUAUAAUUAUUAGUAUUUGGUCUGUGCAAAAGAAUAGUCUGUAAACACUAUGUGUUAAAAUUGUUCUAUAAUAUUCAUUCACAUCUCAUAUGGAAAAACAUGUUCGUGAAAUUCCUGAUGUUUUGUCAUUGGUAAAGUUUUCCAAUAAAUAUACAUGA